AUGGCUUGCUUAACAUUUGCUGAUAUGGUAAGUCAGUGGAAUGGUGAUAUAUUUGGCAUUUUGGCAUGUUUUGCUGCAAUAUUUGCAUUCGCAUAUUGGAUGAAAUUAACACGAUGGCUUGCGGCAAAGUUGAAACCUUUGUUACCGCUCGGAAGUCGUCGUAAUGCAAUAAAUUCGCGAGCUGAAACUUUGGCUUUGGAGGUGAGGCAAAUGAAAUCCGAUUUGGAUGCGCUCUCACCAACGGCUCAGUUUGCUGCCUAUUUUAAGAAAGAACGAAGCUUAAAACAGAGAGUAGCUGAACUGAAUGCUUUAACUAUGGAAUGUGAGAAAAGUUCCGGCAUAUCAUCCACACUGUUAUUGAUUGUUAGUGGAAUACUCGUGCAGUUGAUAGCUGUUUUGCUGAUGUUUUAUUCUCGUAAUGUUAUAGUUGGAUAUAUUAAUUCCACAUAUUUUUGGCCAUUCAACUUUUUGCUCUAUAUCCCUAAUUUUUCUGCACCGAUGAAUGGUAAUGCUGAAGGGACGCCCGUGACUCUUUUUGCAUUUCUGUCACUUGUAACAUUUUUUUGGCAGAAUGCAUUCUCAAAAGCGGGCAGUGGCAUGAAAAUGAAGAUAUUAUGA